UGGCUUCCCCCCCCUGAGACAACUGAGAGGCCACCUCAUUCGAAUUGGCUCGGGCUUCAUCCCGGACGACACGCACACAGAGCUCAGAUGCUACAGCUAGCAACAGCCAUACAAAGACAUAGGCACAUGUGUACACGCGGGAGGCAAGUCCAGAUGUAGCAACGGUUUCGAAAGCAAAGGGAAUG